GCGCUCGGCUCGGCUCGAACAACCGAAGCGAGUUCAGCUAGGCUUGUAAAUUACGAGUACUCGCACACCUCUAUUAAAGAUCCUUUUAUUCGGUAUCAUAUCCGAAAGAAAAUAGUUCAUAUUACAACAAGCAAUGCUGAUCAAUAAAUCUGUCAAUUACCUAACAUUCUCCAUAUUCCCUUUUACAUAAACGAAGCACGUAACCCCAUUGAAGAGCAGUUACAUCCGACAAUUAUGAUGGAUUAGUGUAAAGGAAUAAGAGAAAGAGAUGUAUAGCUGGAUCGAAGGAGAAGUAGCUAGAGAAAAGAUAACAACCGGACUGUCUAUCCGGAAAGUAAGGGAUCGAAAGAAGGAAACGAGCCGGGAUAAAAUGCUUCCCCCUCUGAAUUUCGUUUGGCGAGUGAAGUUAUCGGAGGUGGUAAGUGGAAACACGCCCUUCCCAGCGAUCAUGCCACCGCCUCCGACGCCUCCGACGCCUCCGACGCCUCCAACGCCUCCGACGCAAUUCUACCGUUUCGAACCGUCAGACGAGCCUGCGACACCAACGGGACACCUUGUCUUCUUCCUCUUUCGAUUCGCUGCAUAAGGAGUAUAGAUGCUAAGAAUAUAUAAUGCUAAAGAAAUUGUAAUAAAUUUUUGUAAAUAGUACUUUUUCCUGUAAAACAGUGAUUUUCAAGUGCUUCAUAA